AUGCCAUCCCCUUCUAUACCGAACAAGAAAAACACGAGCCGCACUAACAAGGGGACGCCAGUGGAAGUGAAGAACGGGGCGGAAGGUAGAACAACAACAUAUGAGCAUGGUGACGUAUCAUUGAAAGCGAUUAAGAAGGUGCACCGAGAUAGAAGAGAAUCAUGUCAAGCUAGAGCCAGGACUUCAAGCAAAAUCGACUACAGCGAGAAGAGCGAGGCCGAGCUCAGAAGGGAGCUUACUCGGCGUGCAAAGAAUGCCAACAAGGCUGAGCUCACAGAGAUCCUGCAGAGUGUGGACAGAAUUCUUGCCUACAAGACGACCAAAGUACUAUCGGUGCAUACAACGUCGUCGAAGACCGAUGCCAAAGACAUACAAGCGGCCUCCUCUCAGUCAGAACACAAGGAUGAUCAUGAGCCCAAGCGAGACAUGAUCACCUAUGAGGACCUUACACUGACGGAGCUCAAGAACAUGGCUCAUGAGCGCGGUGUCAAUGUCAAGAACCGACGCGCGAAGGCGCCAUUCGUGACAGCACUGAAAGACGCUGACGAAGAAAACAAAGAAAACAUACCUCCUGGGACUGACGAAGCCUCGAAACAAGACGUAGACUUGGACAAACACUCGAGCGGUCGGAUAAAGCGGCUGGAAAAGACGACUAAGAAGCCUUCGAGGCGCACAAAGUCAUCGAGCCCCAAUCACAAGGCUCAACCUGCUCUCUCUCAGCCAAGGUAUCAUUGUGAAAAGUGUAAGGUUCCGUCUGCCUCAGAGGAGUUGCAUAGAGAUCCGAAAACUCGCGGCCCAUACUAUGCCUAUCUGAGAUAUGAAGAUGAUACGAGCAACAAGUUUUACCGUCUCCAAGUAAGCAAACCUUUUUCCCAUGCUCACACUCCAAUCUUGUCCCCUGUACGUUCUUCUAACUCGACUGGGCUGCGGGAAUUGGGCACCAUGAUCACUGUCACUCUUCAUACUGGCAGCCAUAUGUGUAUCCCUCCGAUGAAGAUAUAUAUCAUCCGAUCGUGUUCUCCGCCGAUUGAUAUCGAUCGUACCGGGCUCAUCACAAUGAGAUUAAAGCAGAGACUGACUACUUCUGACUGUCAGGUUACAAAAAGCGGCACUGAAGAUCUAUAUUACGUCAGGACACAUUGGGGACGCCAUGAAACAUCAAAUCCCUUCUGCGGAUCUUACGGUUUCAAGAGUCCGGAUGAUGCUAUAGCCAAAUUUGGGGAAAUCUUCAAAGAGAAAACCAGUCUGGACUGGGGUGACCGAGACGGAGAGCCAAAGAAGAAGAAGAAAUACAGCUACAUAAAGCCCAAGGAUGGAAGCUUUCUCCAGGACGCUGAAGAUGGGAACGUCGGCUCUGGUGACGGAUCGAAGUCACAACGCACGGAUCUCGUCGACGACAACCUAUCCCAUACGGACACCUCUCGUGUAUCAGUGAAGGCGCCGUCAGGAGGAUCCAAUAGCGACCGUGGCGUCACCCCCACACCCACCAAAUUUCGUACUCGAGCUGGAACUCGGACUCCUACUCCCCGUAAGGGCUUGAGAUUGUAG